UUGGUAGAUUUCAAUUCCAGGGUAUUAAUAUUACUUAGGACAUGGAGCAAUUGUACCUUUGCUCAGUUCGCUUCGAGUGCCAAGCUUUUUCAUUCCAGGAAGUCCUUGAUUGGCGGUUCCUCAUCCGUGGAACUUUCCUUCUUGUUUCUUUUGUCAAUUGCACUUAGUGAACAGCUUCUAUUGAAUGAUCAGUACAGGAGGCCAAAUGCGAAUUUUGUAUAAGCUAGGUGUUGGAUGUUUUGCUCAAUUUCAUAAGUAAGCUGCACCCACCUUGUUAUGAUGUCAGUUGUUACUGUACUGUUAACUACCUCGGCAAGUCUAUUGUUCCUAGUGCAUCACCAAUACAAAACCCAUUCUGGAUCGUUUGGAACCUUCCUCUGAGGACUAAAGUCAGCUGAUGUUUCUACGCAUCGUUGAGAGUUAGAUUGCAUUUACCCACUUUUGUCUUAGUUUCUAGGAACCUUCAUCAGGAUUCAGUUAACUGGAGUAUCAAUAUCAGAUUAGAGCGUAUUUGAAGCAAGGAGCUAGUGUACUUUUCAGAAACACUGUCAACUGGAUCUUGAGCUGAUAAUUCAUCCUUCUGAAUUGGGUUUGUUUCGGGUCUUAGUUGUGAAGUGAGAUCAACAUGCUCUUCAGCAUCUAUGUUUCCUUGCUUUCUCUGCCUUGUUAUUAUAGUGGAUUUGUUAGUGCGGUAUAUUUGAUGAAUAAGGCUGUCAAGCCCAUCCAUCUUAUCAGUACUGGUUUUGUUCUUGUCCGUACUGCAGCAGAAAACUGACGGUUGAUUUUGCUGAAUCAGCCAGGCUACUAGUUCCUAUUUAAUAAUUCUCUUUCCAG